AUGGGAGACUCUUCUACACAUUUGCUUUUUACAAGGGCUCUUCUCAAAGAGCAUAAAUAUGAAGAAGCAGCUCAAUUCAUGAAGACCCGGAUGGCAAAAACUUCUGUUUGUCGACAAAAUCACAUCUGGGAUUCUCUAAUUCAAGGCCUUUGUAUCGAUGUAAAAGAUCCCGAAAAGGCGCUUUCUGUGUUGAAAGAUUGUUUGAGGGUUGAUGGUAUAUUGCCUUCUUCUUUUACUUUUUGUUCUUUGAUUCAUUGUUUGAGUUCUAUGGGAAUGAUGGAUAGGACAAUCGAAGUGUUAGAGUUGAUGACUGAUGAGAAAAUUCAAUACCCUUUUGAUAAUUUUGUUACCAGUUCAGUAAUUUCUGGGUUCGUUAAGAUUGGAAAACCUGAAGUUGCAAUUGGGUUUUAUGAGAAUGCUGAAAAGGCAGGUGGUCUAAGGCCUAAUAUCGUGACUGGUACUGCUCUUGUUAGUGCUUAUUGUAGGUUGGGUAGAAUUGAGGAGGCCCGUGAUUUGGUUUCUAUGAUGGAAAAUGAAGGAGUUGCAUUUGAUGUUGUGUUUUAUAGUAAUUGGAUGUAUGAGUAUUUUAGGGAAGGAUUCCUUGUGAUGGCAUUUCAAAAAUACAAAGAAAUGGGGGAAAGAAAAAUUGACUUGGAUACUAUUAGCUAUACUAUACUUAUAGAUGGGUUUUCAAAGGAAGGAAAUGUGGAAAAAACAGUUGGCUUUUUAAACAAGAUGAGAAAGGAUGGAUUGAAACCCAAUUUGGUUACUUAUACCGCAGUCAUGUUGGGAUUCUGCAAGAAAGGGAAAAUUGAGGAGGCAAUCACAGUGCUCAAGACUGUUGAAAAUUUAGGAAUUGAAUUGGAUGAAUUCGCCUAUGCAACUUUGAUUGAUGGCAUUUGCAGGAAGGGCAAUUUUCCUAUUGUUUUUCAACUGCUUGCGGAAAUGGAGAAGAAGGGUAUCAAACCUAGUAUUGUAACGUAUAACACUGUGAUUAAAGGAUUGUGCAAAGCUGGGAGGACAUCUGAGGCAAAUGAGAUCUCAAAGGGCAUAGUAGGAGAUGUUGUCACAUAUGGUACAUUGUUAACUGGGUACAUUGAAGAAGAGAAUGUCACUGGGAUGCUGGAAAUAAGAAAAGACUGGAAGCAGAUGGAGUUUGGAAUGCCUGACAUGGACUUGGCUGCAGAUUCUGUUACUUACUGUACAAUGAUUGAUGGGUACUGUAAAGCAGGUAGAAUUGAUGAGGCACUUGAGAAAUUUGACGAGUUUCGAAAGGCAUCAAUCUACUCAGUUGCAUGUUACAAUUGUAUUCUUCAUGGCCUAUGCAAGAAAGCGUUAUG